UUGGCUCCAGGCAUGUGUGAACCCGGGUGUUCCCGAAGUGACACCUACGUGCCACUUAGAACCAAUGAGGGAGGACAGAUUGACAUUGCCGAGUUUGCCGGAGACUUCAGUAUUCAGUCGUGCCACAACAGCAGAGACAACCGCCGAGCAGGUGGAGUUUGAGUACUCCAACCCACGUUUAUGCAUGGAUGUGAUCAUUGCGGUUGAAGAUGGCUGCUGCAGAAUAGCUUUCGAGCGCUACGCGGAGAGAGCCGGCCUGAACUUUAGCAGCUGCCUCAGCAUCGAGGAGUUCCUCACGACCUUGGAGGAUCUCCGCCGGAUCUACCUACACAGGCCAUUGUUGGUCCUCGUGGGAGAGGUGGCCUGGCUCAAGCAGCUGCACUCGCUGCCGCACGCCGGCCGCGUGCCGUACAUUGUGGACACCAGCGGCUCCGGAGUCAACUGCCAGAGCAGUGCCAAGUUACUGGCAUCUUGCACGCAGAAUACGUUCGAGGAGCUUCUGGAUCAAUGUGCCCAGUGGUGGACAGACCUGUUUCGCGACUCUCCCGCAGGCUUGUCACUCAAGCCUCCUAAACUUUGACCAUGGCCAAUUCAGCUCAGCAGCUUGGGAAGUGCACGGCGUCGCCGGUGAAAC